AGAUCUCUCCUUCGAUACAAACUCAAACGUCUCUGCAAAAGUAAACACUUUUGUAACGCAAAAGCUUCAGAAGCAACACAAAUUCUUCUAUUCAAUCCCUAAAAAGAAAAGGGAGGAGAAAUAAAAUAAUAAUAAUAAUAAUAAAAAAAAAAAAAACAGAGAUGGGCUACAAGAACAGAACAGAACAGGAAACCAAUAACUCUUCUUCGUUGAGUGAAGCCUUGCUUUUUGCUACUAUGUGUAUCAUUGGCCUCCCUGUUGAUGUCCACGUCAAGGACGGUUCUGUUUACUCUGGAAUCUUCUACACUGCUUCUGUUGAAAAGGACUACGGCAUUGUUUUGAAGAAAGCAAAAAUGACCAGAAGGGGAAAAAGUAAUGCAAAUGUAGCAUACGGGGCUGUAGUGGAAACACUUGUAAUUCUCUCUGGCGAUCUUGUUCAAGUUGUUGCAAAGGGAGUUAAGCUUCCUCCUGAUGGCGUUGCUGGUAGUUUUGCUGGUGAGAAUCUAGAAGUUGUUUCAGGGACUGUGUCCUAUUCUGAGGGUCAAAUAAGUGAGGCAAAAAAAUCUUAUAGGUUUGGCAUGAAUAAACGGCGUAAUCACAAAAGGAACUCAGAUCACUAUGAGAAUGGUUUUCUCCAUGGUGAUGUGGCCACAAAAGCUGAGGUGGAUAAUGAAGGGAAAAGAUUGCCAUUGAAUCAUGUAAGGAAUGCCAUAGAAGUUGAUAAUGCGAAAAAAGUUGGGAUAAAUGUGGCAAAGAUUGAAGAAGCUUCUUGUGACACAGUUAAUGGGAGACAGGCUCGAGAUGCUCCCACACAGGUGCUUGAGCUUCACGAAGAGAAUGCUGAUGAAGUUCAAGGAUCAAAUUCAAACUUGGAUCCCUCUCAUGCCCAAGUGAUACCUGUAGAGGAAGACCAUUCAAAGAUGACACUCACACAGCUUAAUGGUGUAUCUCAUGACCCUGCUUAUGCACGUGCCAAACCAAUUGAUCAAUGUUGUGAAAGACCCACUUCAUCUGAUACUUCUUCUUCAGAUGUUACUUGUUCAAAUGUUUCAACUUCAUUGAAUCCAGUUGCUGAUGUUACAUCAGCAGCUUCAACUGAAAUGGUCCCUCCACAAAGUUCACAGUCCAAUAAAGUCUCCAAGGAAUUUAAGCUUAAUCCAGGAGCAAAGAUCUUCUCACCAUCAUUUGCAAAUCCAUUAUCAGCUACUACUCCUGCAGUACCAGUGGUUGCAAGUACGCCAUACAUUCCGAGCAACUCUCCUGUUGUACCUGUUGCUGCUGCUCAGUCAGAAGUUGGAAUGAGCCUUUAUGUGCCUCAUUCAUCUGUGCCUGCUAAGUUUGUACCAUAUGGUAACUUGGCAGUUGGAAAUGGUGGCAGUGCUGCUCAAUUUUCCCAACCUCUUGUCGGACAUGUUGGAAGCCGGACACAACCAGUUAGAUAUGCGGGUCAGUUUCCUGUUCAGGCUGGACCUGCAUAUGUACAUCCAAAUUCUCAAACUGUUAUGGUUGGAAGAGUAGGGGGACAGCUUCUCUAUUUGCAGCCAGUUUCCAAUGAUUUUGUUCAGGGUAUGGCAGCCAUCUCACAAGCACCUGCUCGACCUGCAUUGACACCGCAUCAGGUCCAAUUUCCAAAGCACCAAGGAACUGCAGCUGGCCAAGCGCUGCAACUGUGUGUUCCCUCCCCUCUUAUGGCCAGUGGACUGCAACCUUUUGCAGUGCCAAACCACACUCACAUUCCAGCUUUGCAAUCUCCGAUACCCGCUAACCGCCCCACUCCAGUGCCAGGAUCAAAUGGUCUCUACAGCACCAAAUUUCCAUGAAAAUACUUUCUUUUUUCUUUUUCGUUAUUACAUCACAAAAUUUUUUUUUUUUUUUUUUUUUUUUUGGCGAUAAGAAAUUUUGGGUUAUAGUGUUUGUUUGAAGAGCGUCCAAAAUAGGAAAAGUUUUACCUUUUUUUCUUUAUGUACAAGGGGUUAGCAAAAUUUUUUAGUGGCGGUUGUACUGAAGAUUUGAUUGGGACUAAGGAGUGAAGCUUACUCCGUGUUUUCAUUUUUCUUCUUUCUGGGUGGGGAAAGUUUUAGGGAUAUAAUAUUGCUUCUCUGGGAAGGGGAAUUGCUGUUGAACAACUGUAGCUACAACGAAUAGUAGCAUAGUAGCAUAUACAAUUUUGAAAUGAAGAUAGCUGCAAUAUUUUG